AUGUCGCCCAUUGUCCUGGCUGAUUUGCUUCACUUCGACCUCCUUCGACGCCUUCGACUCAUGGAAAAUAGCUUCAGUAUGUACACGAUUCCGGCAGCCCCCUAUGCAGUCCUCCUGGGAACUUGCUUCAUCCUUUACUUCUUGGUCUACCCGGUGGUCGUCUACUUUCGAGACCCUAAAGGACUUCGAAAGUUUCCGGCCAUGACUCCAUUGUCUGGUAUCUCAUCCAUCCCAUUCAUGUUAUUGGCACACACCGGUGCUCGAUCAGCUCGCUUAGUCGAACUUCACAAGAAGCAUCCCGUUAUUCGGACUGGGCCGACUACAUUAUCUUACUCGGACCCUCGAGCCAUCAAGGAUAUCUACGGACACAAUACAAAGUGCACAAAGGAUGGCUCCUAUAACAUUACUGCUGGCUCCCAUUUCCACCUUGCCGAUGUCAUUGAUAAACCAGACCAUGCAAGGAAACGCAAGGUUCUCUCAUCGGCGUACGCCUUGAAGAACUUGGAAGGCUGGGAACACAAGGUAGCGGACAAGACAGCACGGAUGAUCGCACAUUUCGACAGGUGCUGCACGGCUCCUCUAACACCCGGACGACUCCCUGAGGCCCGUGAGUUGAAUGUGGAUUACCGAGAGUGGACCAACUACUUCACCCUAGAUGCCAUCGCCGACAUUGGCUUGUCAGAGAUCCUCGGCUUCCUUGACAAUGGUCACGAUCGCGUUACCGGCCGCAGAACUGACGGCACCAAAUAUGAGUGUAAUUUUCGGGAGUGUCUCUACCAGAAUGCUCGAAAACAAUCACUAUUGAUAUGGCCGUACAAGUGGUAUCCAUUGAUCAAUAAGCUGUCCAACGCCAUUCCCUUCUAUGGACGUAUGGGAAAGCUUGCUAGGGAUUGGGAUGGCAUCCCUUUGGAACUUGCCCAUCGCCGACUCCAGAGAUAUCGUCGCGGAGAAAAACUAGACGACUUCUUCCAGGCGCUUAUGGAGGACAAGAACGGCCACCCUAACAACCUCGAAUGGGGCGAAAUUGUGGCCGAAGUUAGCAUUAUGAUGAACGCAGGCAGUGCCACAACCGCAAUUGCCAUGGCCAACGUCCUGUACCAACUGCUCAAGAAUCCCGAGGCGAUGAAAAAGUUGGUGGAAGAGCUUGAUGCUGCACUGGAUGACGAGGAACUGCACGCCGUGGUGCCCUACGAUCGCGUCAAGCAUUUGCCAUACCUAAGAGCUUGUCUGGACGAGUCGCUGCGACUAUUUCCACCCACCCCUCACGCUCUUCCUCGCGAGACCCCUCCCGAGGGCCUGAGUAUCUUGGACGACUACAUUCCUGGGGGUGUCUCGGUUGGCAUGUCGGCCCUGGUGGCUCACAGAAACGAAGAUCAGUUUCCCCAGGCUGACAAGUAUAUCCCCGAACGGUGGCUCGGCGAAGAAGGCAAGAAUCUUCAACCCUAUUUCCUUGCCUUCUCUGCUGGUGCUCGGGGAUGCAUUGGUCGCAACAUUUCUUACUUGGAGCAAACAGUGGUGUUGGCUUCUAUGCUCCGGAGGUACGAGUUUGCACUGCCUCAUCCAGAUUGGGAGAUUGAAAGGUUGGAAACCAUGAACUGGCUACUGGGAGAGAUGCCGGUCAAGGUCUGGAGGCGCGUGCCGGAAUCCGCUUGA